UUUAGCUCCGUGGAUUUUAUGCGUCAUCCCACGGAUUCGGACGUGGGAUACGUGUACGUGUGCGAUUUGGAGUAUCCAAAAUCUAUCCACGCGCUGACGCGGUACUUCCCCCUGGCUCCCGAGAAGGCGGUCGUUCCGAAGGAAUGGCUCUCACCAUUCCAGCGGGGGCUCCUCGAAGAGUUAAUGUAUCAACCAGCGAACAGCAAAAAGCUGCUGCUCACGUGCAAGGACAAGGUCGGGUACGUCGUUCAUUACGCGCUGCUCGCGCUCUAUUGUAGAUUGGGCAUGCGGGUGACGAAAAUUCACCGAAUUCUAAAAUUUCGUCAGGCACCAUUCCUGCGUCCCUACAUCGAGGACAAUGUUGCCAGACGCGUCGCCUCGAGCACGACGUUCGAGAAAAAUUUCUAUAAAAUCUCAAAUAAUGCGGUCUUCGGGCGUACGUUGCUAAAUAAAUUUAAUAUGCGAGACAUUCGAGUAGCCUUCGAUGAGGAGACAGCGAGUCGCCUCGGGAGUCGGGCGGAAUGCGCGCGAAUGGAAAUUUUGUCCCCCGAUUGCGUCAUGUACGAAAUGCGCAAAAGAAAAGUGCGAUGCGAUUUCCCCCUGCAGAUUGGCUUCACGAUUUUAGAACUGAGUAAGUUAACCAUGUACUCGUUCUACUAUGAAACCCUGCUGAGCAAGCUCACUUGUCCGGUGAUUACCUGCUACUUUGACACGGAUUCUCUGAUCCUCGGCCUAUUCUGCAAGGACUACGAAGAUCAGUUACGCGCGAUCGCCGACGACCAUUUAGAUUUGUCUUCCUUCGAUCGUGAUCAUCCACUGUACAGCGAGAGGAAUCGCGGUAGACUUGGCGCGUUCAAAAGUGAAACGGGUAGCGUACCCAUCGAGGAAGUAAUAUGCCUGAAAGCCAAAAUGUAUUCUAUCAAAUUAGCCGGGGGAAAACAAAUUGCAAGAGCUAAAGGGGUCAAAAAGAACAUUGUGCGCAAACACCUCCUCCAUGAUACGUACCGCGAUACCCUAUUCAAGCACGCUAGCGUAUCGCACGAACAGGUGUCAAUAGUGGGAAAGAAACAGUGCAUGUACACCAUCCGAAACGUGAAAAGAAGUCUGAUGGCGUACGACGACAAACGGUACCUCUACAAUGACGUGGACUCCUACCCGUACGGAAGCUGCGAAUAUGAUAAUGCAGAGGAUGAGUAGGAGUAGCGUCAUUUGACCUGCGUCACUGGAAGGAUGUGGUACCUCGUUCUCUUCUCGCUCGUCUCGUGCGCACUGGCGCUGGACGCCGGCAACUGUACUGCGAGCAUCAAGCUGGAGAAGGAUAAGCACACGUACGCGC